GGCGUUUUCCGUGCUUCUGUACCUAGUGGUGCUUCUUCUGGAAUGUAUGAGGCUAUUGAACUGCGUGACGGAGAAAAAGGAACUUAUCUUGGCAAUGGUGUGAAUAGAGCUGUCAAGAAUAUUAAUGAGAAAAUUUCAGUUGCGUUGGUUGGUAUGGAUCCAACUCUUCAAUCUCAGAUUGAUCAGGUCAUGAUAGACUUGGACAAAACAGAAAACAAGAGUGAACUUGGAGCAAAUGCUAUUUUAGCUGUCUCAAUAGCUGCUUGCAAAGCUGGAGCUGCUGAAAAAGAGGUUCCACUUUACAAACACAUUGCUGAUCUUUCUGGUCAAACAAGCGUGCUUCUUCCUAUUCCAGUCUUUACUCUCGUAACUGGAGGAAAACAUGCUGGAAAUAAUUUGGCUAUUCAGGAGAUAAUGAUUCUGCCAGUGGGAUCAAAGACAUUUGAGGAGGCUUUACAAAUUGGUUCUGAGACCUAUCAUCAUUUGAAGGUAGUGAUUACAGAGAAAUAUGGUGCCCAUGGAUGUAAUGUUGGUGAAGACGGUGGUUUUGCUCCCGACAUCUCAAGCUUAAGAGAUGGCUUGGACCUUGUUCAGGAGGCUAUUGGGAGAACAGGGUACAAGGAGAAAAUAAAGAUAGCUAUUGGUGUUGCUGCGACUGAGUUUUGCAUAGGUACGAAAUAUGAUUUAGAUUUUAUGACUCCAAAUAAAUCUGGACAAAAUUUUAAAUCAGGACAGGAUAUGAUUGAUAUUUACAAAGAACUCUGCGCAGACUACCCCGUUGUCUCAAUUGAAGAUCCAUUUGACAAGGAGGACUGGGAGCAUGUCAAGUACUUUUCGAGUCUUGGAGUGUGCCAGGUGGUUGGAGACCACUUACUAAUGUCAAAUCCUAAACGGAUNUCUGGAUGGCAUGGAUUGGCUGGGAUACAGGUUAAUCAGAUUGGUACGGUGACCGAAGCGAUUGAAGUGGUCAAGAUGGCUAAGGAUGCCCAAUGGGGGGUUGUGAUAUCUCAAAGAAGUGGUGAAACUGAAGACAGUUUUAUAGCUGAUUUAUCUGUUGGCUUAGCUACUGGUCAAAUUAAAGCAGGUGCUCCUUGCCGAGGAGAACGACUAGCAAAGUACAACCAGUUGCUUAGAAUUGAACAAGAGCUUGGCGAUCAAGCAUUUUAUAUUGGUGAAAAGUGGAGGACCUGAUCAUUCUUCGUUUCUAUUUUUGGACAUUCUUCCCAUUCUAUCUUAGUUGCAGCGCUACAGACUAUAGAGUCUUUUAGUUUACAGCUAAACGGCUACAGUUUUGAACAUUCUCCUUGAGCAGUGCUAUAGCUUUGCGGCUAAUGGUUACAGACUGCGGGAUGAGAUUGUUUUUUCUAAUGUAGUGUUAAAAUCUGAAUUUUCCUGUUUGUAGAGGCAUUUGUAAAAAUUUUGAGUCAAAGUGCAAUCAGAAAAAAUCUCACGUUUUUGCAACUGAACCAUGGUUUUCAUCUUACGGGCAUAAAGGACAAUUUGGCUUA